UAUCACUUAUUUAUUGCUAAUUGUUAUUAAUUGCUACCAGCUACAGACCCGACUACGGUCUUCGAUUUUACCAUUAAAAUAUGGCCCAGAGUUGUAGAUUGAGAACGGUGGUUAGAAUACAAAAAUAUUAAAAUUGUUUGUGUUUCGGAUGUUCAAAUUAAACAUAUAAAUAAACUAACGCCCAGACCUAACGCCUACUUAAAGCUAAAAUUAUUAUAAUUGUUUUCAACUACUGUCCAAGAAUACUUAUCUCGGAAAUACAAGUCAGUAAAAUUAUUUGUAUUUUACUUAAUUGAAUCAUGGAACGCAAUGAUGAAAAAGAACCAUGCUCUACAAACAUACUUAAUAAAGAAAUCUCAAAUCAGAAUAAAGAUUUUAAAGAUAAUCAAGAAGUCAUAGUAAAAAAAAUAAAAAAACAAAAUAUUUACGUUGAUGAUGAAGAAGAUGAUAUUGAUAUUGAUGAUGAAAAUCAGAUUAUGCCUGCUAAUAUGUGUUUAUUGGCAGAAAAUACAUUGUGUGAUAAGAAAGAAGAUGAAUGGGUAAUUGAUGAAGAUAGUGAUCACUCUAUCGAUGAAGAUUUAAGUAUUUCAUCUUCUAAGGUAUCUAAGGAAGAUAAGAAAACUAAUUCAAAAACACCAGACUUGGAUACACAAAAAAUAAAAAACUCUACCUUUGGUUCUAAAAUUAAUGAACCAAUUUCUAAUGUGAAAGAAACUAAAGAUGAAUCAUAUUUAUCAUCUGCACAAUUGCUUAAACAAGUACAACAUUUAACUAACUCAACUUUAAACGACUUAUAUCGCCCAUCAUGUUCAACUAGUUUACCUGGUCCAUCAUGUUCUACCAACAUACCUAAACCAUCAUGUUCAACUAACUUACCUGGUCCAUCAUGUUCUACCAGUAUACCUGGUCCAUCAAGUUCAACCAGCACACCUGGCCCAUCUCAUGAUUUUUCUUCUGAUAAAUUACCUAGUUUAUUUUACGGAGACUCAAAUGAUACUGUUUCGAUUAUGGAAAGAGAACUACAAGUACGCCUUUUAUCUAAUUUUUACGAUAAAUUAUUUUUAAAUGAACAAGAUAAUACUGAACUAAAUCAAGAUAUUAAAAUAUCAAAUUUAGAAGAUUGUGACUAUUCUAAUCAUUAUUUAUCAGAAAACACAAGUUUCAAAAAUACUGAUGAAAAACCAAAAACAGAAAAUACUGAAUGUUUUGUAGAAGAUCCAGAUAUUGUUAACCCUGAUAUAAUGUACAAUAUUGAUCUUAAUGAAUAUUAUAAUCAGUUGGAUGCUUUAGCUUUAAAAGUUAUUAAAACGCCUGAUGACCCUACAGGAUUAGUUGAAUACAAACGAUUGCCUCCUUUUCCUCAAAUUGAACAAACACGGAGACAGUUCACAGCGGAGGAACGUUUUAAAUUUGCUAAUGGUAUUCAAGAAUGGGAAUAUCAAAUUGAUCGUGAUGACUGGAAUAAAAUAAUGGUAAAACGAGCUGUAGUUUUCACAGCCCAUGCUGGAUUUAGUAUAGCAAACGAAGAGAGCUUAUAUGUUUUAGCAGAUGUAGCUAUUGACUAUGUUAAAAAAUUAGCUGUUAUAAUGAAAAAACAUUUUGAUAUUCAAUUAGAUAGCCCACAUCCAGAGAGUAUUGAUCCAAUUGAUAAUAGUCUUCAAGAGAUUGGUGUAAAAGGUGGUGUAAAAGAACUAAUUGAACAUUAUGAAAAUGAUGUUUUUGGUAGACGUAACAAGCUUGUAAAGAAAUGUCAACAUUUGAAAAAGCUUAUUGAUCGUCAAAUUGUCAACAUAAUUAAAACUCAAAAUGUCACUUCAGAUAAUAUAGAAGAAUAUUCAACUAAUGAAAUAGAAGAAAAUUUUCUAUCAAAAGAAAUGGACAUAACAGAAGAAGUAAAAACUGAAAUUGAGGCGGGAAUUGAAGAAGUUAUAAUUGAAACUCAACUUCCUAUAGAUGAAAAUAAUAUAUUUACAGAUACUGAAAUUGAGCAUAUAGAUUCUCUCUACGUUGACAAUACAGAUAUUGAAGUAAAGAUGGAUACUGGUAAAAAGAAUAUCGAAAAUAUUAAAAUCGGUGCAUUUGACAUUAAAGAUAGAAAAAUAAACAAUUCAAGAUCUUCUGGCCCUACUAAAGUAAUAGAAUUUGAUCUUUUAAAACCAUUAGAUAUACAAUACGAGCAUGUUGAUGCAAAGGAAAUACUUACUGAUUUAGAAUACUCUUUUGAUUUAGAGAGUUUUCCUAACUCUCCAGAAUCUAAAGAAAACCUUGGAACUUCAAAAAAGGAAGAAGAACCACCAAAAAUGAUGAAGCCAUUUGUACCUAUUGAAGAUGGUCAAUAUAUAGGGUAUAAGCAAUUAGUGAAUCAAUUUGAUGAAGAUUUUGAUAAUGAUUCGGCUUCGCUCACAGACGACAAUGUCCAAACAAUAUAUGUCCAUACAAUAUCUGAUACUGAUGAACCAAUUUCUAUGAAUGAUGAUAAUGCUGAUAAUUCUGCAGACAAUACUGUUCAAGUUAUUCCCGUGGUUAAUGAAAAUGAUGAUUCUGAUUCGAACAUUGAUUAUGAUAUAGUCUCUGUACAUUCUUUUCUUUAAGAUUUAAAUUUAAAUUUAUGAUGAAAAAUCAAAUUAAUCAAAUAUCAACUUAACAGUAAUAUUAUUUAUAUACUCAUAUAUUUUAGCCUAGGAAAAUAUAUUUAAAAUUAAAUUUUUAAGUAGGUAUUAAGAUAAACUUAAAAAUACAUAAUUACUAGGGCCCAAAAAUUAUAUGCAUUAAAAAUGUUAAAAUAUGCUGAAAAAUAUACUAAAUUGAAAUAAGUUUAAUAGUAUUAAUUAAUUAAAAAAUUUUGAACUUGUAUAACUCAUUGGAUCAUUAAAUUACUCAUUGUUUUCUGAGUAUUCAUUCAUCUAAUUAAAAAAUAAAAACAUUUAUACAUUUUUAUAAUAUUACCUAAAGAGUUAAUGUUGACUAUUUUAAUCUUGAAUAUAUUUUCUAAUUUUAUUCAUGCCAGUUUUUAGUUAAUAUUUUCUUGAAUCUAGGAAAAUUUGUUUUGUAUUCAUCUGAAUUGAAGAUAAGUUAAUUUUUUAAGUAUAGGUACUAAGUUAUUGCAUAGGAUUUCACAUUAGUUUUUCGUUAUCAUUAUGGUACCUAUAGCAAAUAUUAUUAUCUUGCUUUAGUGAGCUUUGUCAAAAGAAUAUUGAAAAAUUAGUCAAAAUAACAAUGAGUUUCAUAAAUGGGUAAAAAUAAUCUAAAUGUCCUAAAGUUAAUUAAUUAUACGAGCUAUAUACUGUAUUAGCGAUAACUAAUUUUUUCAAUAUAUUUAAAACUAUAUAAAAUAUAAUUUUACAUACCUUCUUAUUAGGCAAAGAUUUAAAAUGUAUCUCCAGCUACUUUUUAAACUAAUAAAAGUAAUUAUGCAAAUGCAUAUAAUUCUGGGCCCUUAUAAUAUUACAUUAGAAUAUUAGAAUAAUAAAUUAACGGUCAAAAAAAUAUGAGACUACAUUACUACUUAUGCAAAAUUUAACUUGCAGAAUUAUAUAUUUUAUAAUCACCUAAAUUAAAUAAUUUCUUAUUAAUAGUAAUUUUUUUAUGAUACAUUUUUAAUGUAUAUUUUUUACAUGAUAUUCACUUAUUAUCGUAUAUUUAAUUUAUCAACAUUUUAUGAUAAAGUAAUUAUUAACUCUAACCAUUUAUGAUUAUCUACUUAUUAUUAAACAAGAUAGUUAAUAUCAGGGGUUAGAAAAAUUUUUUUUUAAUUUUUAUUUAACAUUUUUAAAACAUCUUUUCAUACAUUUUUUUUUUAUUAUUUUUAAUAAAUAAAUGUAUUGAGAAUUAUAAUUAUUAUUCAAAUAAUCGUGUUUUUUAGAAUUUCUAAUGUUUUUCUUAGCUAGUAAAAAUUAAUUUUAAUAAUGAGAAACUUAACAUUUUUACCUUUUACAGAAUAAUAUGUUUUUUUUUAAAGUAGAAUACCUUGAAUAAUCUGAAUUAUCCUACCAAAAUAAUCCUUUUUUUAAAUUUUUGUUUGGUUAUCAUUUUUAACAUAAUUUUUUUUUACGUUUUCUACCCCUGAUUUUAUUUAAUUAUUCUGUAUUUUAUUUUAUACUUAUCUUACUGUAAUUAUUUUUAAUCAAUAUAUAAUAUAAAAAUGCAAUUUGAUUUUCAUUUAUAUAUAUUUUUUUUUAAUUAAGCUUAUUAGUUGAAAUCCAUUCCAUAUUGGCAAGUUGUGCCAUAGAACAUGGAUGUUUCUUAUCUAAUAAUUAUACAACACAGUAAAGUUGUAUAACACUAUGAAGAUCAUGGAUCGGAUGCUACUGUAACUGCGUUGCAGUAUAGAUAAGAUUUUGUUGUUGGUGUGCUGUUUUCUACCAUUUUGUGUUAAGUUUAAUGUUAAGUCGGCGCUACUGUAAAUGCUGCGAUGAAUAUGUUGAUGACAGUUAUAAGAAACACUCCAAGGACUACGUAAUUGUUUAAUUUGAUGGUAUCCAUCUUGGUAACUUCGUUAGACAUGCUACUACUGAUGCAAGCCAUGCGACCUUUGAAUAUGAGAAUAGUUCCAACAAACACCUACGACGAGCAGUAAAACACGAUAAAAUAGUUUAAGUAUACAAAUAAUUUAUAUAAUGGUAAAAUCAUUUUACAGUUUUUAGUAUUAUUAACACAUUUUUAUUCAACAAUUUUAAUAAUUUUGUUGUAAUUUAAAAAUCUUGGAACAGUAUAUUUUAGUAUAUUUACUUAAAUCGGUGGUUUUCAAACUGGGUGCCGUGAGUAUAUUAGUAUUCACUAAAUGUGCCACGGUUUUUCCAUAAAUUACCGAUUGCAUUGAAUUGUGAUAUAAGAAAAUAAAUUAAUAAUUAAUUCAAAACAAUUUUAUUUAUCUAAAAAAAGGGUCAGUGUGCCGUGAAUUUUUUUUUGAAGUGUACAGUGUGCUGUGUAUAAUAAAAGAUUGAAAACCACCGACUUAAAUUAUCUUUUUCUGUACUCAUUAAAAUUAAAAAUUUAAUAAGUAUUUAGACUAAUUUUAAGCUAUUAUAGGGAUUUGAAUGUUUUUAGUUUGUUUUUUUUAUAAGUUGAAGGUUGUUUUACUUGAACUCAACUACUAGAGCCAUCUUAAUUUGUUUUUAAAGCAGUUUAAAAGUAUCAAAGAUACAUAGACGUAUUAAAUAUCUUUUAUUCUUAAGAGUUAUUUAAUUUUAACAGCAUUUAUCAAAAUUACGAACAUUGCUAAGAAUUAUUUUGUAAAUAAGAAUUUUAAAUUUUGAUUUAAGUCAAGACUUUAAAAUUAAAAACGAAGUUUCUCGUAAGUUGUUUUAACUAUAAGUAUAAUUACAUUUUUUUUUUAGUUCAUUUGAAAUUACAGCUAAUAAACUUGAUGAUUCAAAAUUUAGAAAACUGAGCUAAAAAUUCAAUUUGUAGAGAUUAUCGAUUUAGGAUUAUUAGAAAGAGAAUAAAUGAAUUACAGAGUUCCAAAUUUUUAUCACAUGCAUAGGUAUUUAUUAUUACUUUUAAAAUUGCAGGUAUAAUAUUAGAUACAUCAUAUAUAUUUGAAAAUAAUAGUUAUUUUAUUUUGCUUAACAUUUUUAUCUAUAAUCUAAUCCAUAUUUGUUAUUUUAAGUAUUAAAAAUGAUGUAACAUUUAUUUUUAUUCAUUUCUAAUUGCUCGAAAAUCCUAUCAUAAAAAAUUUGGUACCUUUUAAUCGUAAAUAAGAACACCGCCGAUCGAUGCUAAUUACAUAUACUUAGGUAUGUUCUAAGUUUUUACUGAAUAUGAGUACAUAAGUUCAUAUUUUAUAUAUCUACUUCUAGUUUUAUUUAUACUAGCUAACCCCGUGGCCAUUAAAAAUUCCAAUUCUAUAACGUGAUUCAAACUUUGUUUAAUUUGUUAUUUAAUAUUCGAUAUAACGGUGUUCAAAACUUCGACAUUUUCAUUGACUAUUUUGAAUCCCAAAAAAUUUGUGCUUUAAAAUGCGAAUUUUGUAAAAUGCUUUCUUAUUGCACACUAGAUUUGUAGUACGACUGGUACGAGUGUAUUGUGUAAAUUGCAAGCCUCGAUCUAUCAUUGUUCAGGCUCUACAUUUAUCGGCCAGUGAGUUAGUCAGGUUAUAUUAUAGCCAUUGUAACGAUUGUCGUGAGACAAUAUAUGAGACUUAUGAUUAUGCGAGCAGUAUACUAUCAGGCAGGCAAUCUACUUAGUGGAUUACGGACCCCGUGAGAUGUUUACGUUAGUUUUUAAUUUCUAACCUUAAAGUUUCUAAGUUAUUUCAAUUUUUUUUUUUUAUUAUGGUACAUUGGUGAAUAAGAUACAAUAAUAUGCCAUCUCGUGGUUUUUAUAUAGUUGGUAUAACAAUCUGACUUAUGUGUUUGAUACAUUCGUCACUUAACUAUUACAACUAAUUUUUAUUUAAAACCAAUAACAACAAAAAAUAAAAAUAAAACUUAUUUUUACCAAUUUUAACCUUUUAAAAUCGAAAUUUUAAAAAUCCUUUCUUAGUGCACGGUAAAAUUAUAAUAUUAAUUUAUCCUCAAAAUUUUAAUUCGAUAUCUCAAAUAUAUUCUGUUCUUCAUUGAUUAUUAUUAAAGUACUCUUUCUUUUAUAUUUAGAGAUUUAUUUGAAUUUCUUUACAAUCAAUAAAAUCGUGUCGUAAAUUUAGUAUGUAUUACAUUACAUUAUUGUUUUAUCGAAGGGGCCAAAAUACAUAAUAUUAUGUUCUCUUUCAAUAUUAUCAAGAGUCUACUGUAUAAUUUUGGUAAAAUUAAGCAUUUAAAUAGAAAAUAACAAUUUUUGUUAAUUUUUUAUUAUUCAAAUAUUAUUUUUAGCCAUAUUGAGGACUCUUGGACUCUCAUUACUUCAUAUAAUUAUAUAAUAUAAUAUUAUGUGUUUAUAAUUUAUAUACUAUAAUAUACAAUGUCAUUUUUAAAAUACUUGGAUUAAUUUUUAGCAAAGGUUCCUAACCUUUUUUGACUCACGGCACCCUAAGUCAUUUUCUAAAAAUCCGGAGGCACCCUAUAGAGUGUAGACUACUUCAGUUUUAUUUAGCAAUGCAUAAGUAUAUAUAUCAUUACCAAUUAAA